AUGCUGGCCACCUCCGCCGGCGCCGUCGGCGUCAACCUGGUCAUGGCCUACAUCCUGCACCAGUCCCCCGCUGGCCACGGCCACGGCCCAGGGGGCUACGAGCAGCUGGAGGGCAGCGGGGGGUGCCUGCCCGGCCGUGCCCCCCUGCCCGGCAGCACCAGCGUCCGCGCCGCCUUCAUCCACGUGGUGGGUGACCUCCUGCAGAGCGUCGGCGUCCUCGUGGCUGCCACCAUCAUCUACUUCAAGCCCCAGUGCAAGAUCGCAGACCCCAUCAGCACCCUCUUCUUCUCGGUCUUCGUCCUCGGCUCCACCUUCACCAUCCUCAAGGACGUCUUCAGAGUCCUCAUGGAAGGGGCACCGCGGGGCGUCGCGUUCGAGGCGGUGAAGGAGGUGUUGCUGGGGGUGAGCGGGGUGAAGGGCACCCACGACCUGCACCUCUGGGCCCUGACGCUGAGCCACCACGCCGUGUCGGUGCACGUGGCCGUCGAGGCCAGCGCUGAUCCCGAGACGGUGCUGGGGGAAGCCACCAGGCAGCUGCAGACCAAAUUCGGCUUUGCCUCCUGCACGGUGCAGGUGGAGCGGUACCGGGAGGAGACGGCAGCCUGUCCCCACUGCCAGGACCCCCGUGCCUGAGACCCCAGCCCCCCGGGAGCAGGGGGUGCAGCCUUUGGGCCCCUGACCCUGUGCUGCACCCACCCUGCUGCUGCGGAGCCCCGGGGUGGGAUGGUGCCCCCGAGCGUGCGGGGUCCCGGGGGGACACACAGUCUGGCCCCCGCAGCACAGGGGUUCCCCGGGGAACCCCCACUCCUGGGAGGGGACCGGCCACAGCCCCUGGCUGCUGGGACCAGCCCCAGAGGAGGAGGGGGCCCUGCCCCACCGUGCAGACCCCCAUAGAGGAGCCCUGUUGUCCCCACAGGAGAGGGGACAGGAGGGAGCCACUAAAGGGCCCAGGGGAGGGAGGGGAUAUCCUGGGGUGGGGGCAAGGACCCCAGACCCAGCCUUGGCCCCCAGCGCUCCUGGGCCCCCUCGGGCUGCCCUGCCACCCCGAUGGCCAUGGGCUCCCCGGGCUGCUGGGGGUCCCGGGGGGCUGCUGCUGCUCCCGUGGGGCGCAGGGGGACAGGGCAGCCAUAGCCCCCACUGCCGGCUACCCUGGCCUCGCUCCCCACCCGUUCCCACUGCUGUGAGUCCAUGUCUGUCGCACCCGUGGAGUGUCCGUCCGUCCGUCCGUCUGUCUCUUUGUGCAAGGAAUCCAGCGGGCCCCGGCAGAGCCCGCAGCCACCAAUAAACGUGUUGGAG